AUGGAAGAAGAAGGCACGAUCACCCGAAACCUACAAAAGGAGCUGGAUGCAGCAGUUCAUGACACACCUGGCGUCGAUCCGCCGUCUGCCUUGAGGGAGAAGUCAGGGUGCAGCCUGCUCACGCCCGAGAAAGAAAGACGGAUCCCCCUCUUUUCAGGAAGCCCUUCUUUCGAAUUUCAGAGCGGUGGAGCCGCUUCGAAGAGACCGGCUACAGCACCGGCUCCAUCCCCCGAUGAGCGUACGUACACCCGGGAUGAAGUAGAAGCCAUGAUCACUACGGCCAUCCGGAACUACACGCAAAAUUUACCUCAAGAUAACCGGCCCAAGAGAGAUCUCAGACGCUCCCAGAAUGAAGGGCGAGCUGAGGAUGAGUGCGAUAGCUAUUCGGAGAAUCGAGGAGGCAACAGUCAUGGCGUCAGAACGGAAGUUGACAGCUUAAGGCGCGAUAUAGAUGAGCUGAAGGCCCUGCGAAGUGGGCCAACGCGAGAUCUCGCGGGAUCUGGCCCUUUCGCCAAGCAUCUCCAUGACGACCCCAUACCGGCUAAUUACGGACCAAUCCUAUUCGAGUAUAACGGCGCGUCAGAUCCAGCCGAGCACUUGAGUCGGUUCAACAACACAGCAUCGCUCCACCAGCUCACGGAGGGGGUGAAGUGCCGCGCCUUCGUCACCACUUUAGCUGGGCCAGCCCAGGCCUGGUUCGGUUUGUUGUUGCCAGGGAGUAUACAUUCUUUUGGACAGUUUGCUAAGGCCUUCAUGAAUCAAUUCGCUAGUUCAAAGAAGUGCAAAAAGACCUCGCUGUCACUGUUCAGCAUCCGCCAGAAAGAGAAAGAAAGUCUGCGGAAUUAUAUCAAACGGUUCACUUCGGCCACUCUGGAGGUCCCCACUACGAGCGACGAGGUGCUUAUGGCAGCUCUUUCACAAGGAUUAAGGGAUGAUGAGUUCUUUCGAGCCCUGGCGCUGGAACCUUCACCUGAUUUCGACAAUUUGUUGGAACGAGCAUCCAGAUUCAUUAAUCUUGAAGAAGCUCGACAACAGAAAGUAGAGGAAUCUCUCCAGACACUGAAUGCGCGAGCCAACGAAACUAGGAAAAGUAAGGAGCCCAUGUUGCCCCGGAGAGAUGCAAUAUCCGGCGUCGGCACUGGUCGAGCUACCGCUCUAGAUGCUAAGGGAUCUCGAUAUCAAUCGUACCAGCCUCUUACGGCCCCUUUGUCCAAUGUGUUAUGUGCAAUCGAAAAGAGGGCUGAUUUGCGAUGGCCUCGGACCGCUCGAGAAGCACCUCGCCGAGAUCCGACAUUGGGAACCUUUUGUCGUUUUCAUAACGAAUACGGCCAUACAACUGAUGAUUGCGCGCAUCUGAAAGAUGAAGUAGAACGUCUCAUCAGAGACAAUAAGAUUGGAGAUUUUGUGAAGAUAGACCCCCCUCGGGGACAGAAGCGCGAAGCUCAGUUCGGAAAUCCGGCGCGAGUCCCGCCCCCGCCGCCAAUGCCGAAAAGGGGAUUCAUUCAGAUGAUUUCAGGGGGCCCUACGGGAGGAGAUACGCACAGGGCUAGGAGACGCCAUCUCGGUAGCCUUAAGAACCAACGCGAAGUUUGUCAAAUUUCUACAUCAAAGUGUCAUCGAUACCCCGCUAUCUCAUUCGGUCCCGAAGACGAAGAGGGACUGGAAGAUUUCCACUGCGAUCCUCUCCUCAUCACGAUUAAUGUGGGAGGGUAUGACGUCGCCCGCGCUUUUGUCGAUCCAGGGAGUUCGGUGGAUGUCAUAUCUUACGAGUGCUUCCUGCAAAUGGAACUCGAUCUCCCAGUUUUCCCCGUCACCACUCCGAUAUUCGGGUUCACAGGAGGAUCCCUAACAGCAGUUGGACAGGUUAAAAUCCCUGUCACUAUAGGAACGCCACCUCGAACCCGCACCCAAGCUGUUAAUUUUGUCAUCGUGGAAGGAUCGCCUACUUCGUAUAACAUCGUAAUAGGACGACCAAUGCUGCAUACCUUUCGGGCGGUCCCCUCAACUAUUCAUCAGAAGCUCAAAUUCCCAGUCGACGGAAUGGUAGGGGAGGUCAGAGGAGAUCAAGCCCAGUCGAGAUCAUGUUAUGUUGAGAUGGUUAAGGUAGCAGAGAGAGGGCGACGUGACACUCUCACCAAAGAAGAUUUGGGGGACGAGAAACGCCCCCGAGUUGACCCCGAGGAUAAGAUUAAUCAUGUACAACCUAUGGACGAAUUGAUGGUGAUUGACCUCGUCCCCGGUAUGAUGAAACAAACCCGGAUAAGCAAGGAUUUAGAACCACCUCUCCGAGACGAGCUGAUAGCGUUACUGCGAUCUAAUGAAGACAUCUUCGCAUGGCAACCAAGUGACCUAACCGGUAUCUCACCUCGUACUGUUGUGCACAGGCUCAAUUUGCGACCUGAGUGUAGACCCGUCAAACAAAAACGACGGCACUUCGGUACCGAAAAGGACGAAAUCAUACACAAGGAGGUUCAGCGACUUCUGGACAUCGGACAUAUCAGGGAAAUCCAAUUCCCCACAUGGCUGUCCAACGCGGUUUUGGUACAUAAAGCCAACGGCCAGUGGCGAAUGUGCAUCGACUUCAGGGACUUAAACAAGGCUUGCCCAAAGGACGAUUAUCCCUUACCUCGCAUAGAUCAACUUGUAGAUGCCACUGCCGGGUGCGAACUACUUAGUAUGAUGGAUGUUUCGCAAGGAUACCACCAGAUUCCGCUGGAUGAGAAGGACCAGCCAGCAGUAAGUUUUGUCACAGCCACGGGUACUUAUUGUUACGUGGUAAUGCCUUUCGGUUUGAAAAAUGCAGGGGCCACGUAUCAGCGAUUGAUGGACAGAAUGUUUCGGGCUCAACUCGGACGCAACAUCGAAGUCUACGUAGAUGACAUGCUAGUUAAGAGCAAAAGGCGCUCCACGCACCUCGCAGAUCUAGCUGAGACUUUUGCCACUCUUCGUCUAUAUGGAAUGAAGCUAAACCCUGCGAAAUGUGCAUUUGCAGUACAAGCUGGAAAGUUCCUGGGAUAUAUUGUUAAUCGAGAAGGUAUUAAAGUGAACCAGGAUAAGGUUGAGGCCGUACUCCAGAUGACACCCCCUCGCUCCAUCAAAGAAGUUCAAUCCUUAGCAGGGAAGGUAGUAGCCCUAGCUCGGUUUAUAUCACGGAUGGCUGACAAGAGUCUACCUUUCUUUAAAAUAUUGAGAAAAACAGCUCAGUUUGAAUGGACUACCGAGUGCCAGCUCGCGUUCGACGCAUUAAAACGAUCCCUCACUUGUUUGCCGAUUCUUAGCACUCCUGAAAAAGGGGAAACUCUGUUCGUAUACCUGUCGGUAGGCGACGAAUCAAUCAGUUCGGUUUUGUUCAAAGAAGUGAAUAACCAACAAAAGCCGAUCUAUUAUACUAGUAAAAUCCUUACUACGUCGGAAAGCAAAUAUUCUGAAGUCGAAAAAAUAGCGUAUGCUCUAGUCCUCACCACGCGACGACUCCGGCCUUAUUUCCUGUCGCAUACCAUGGUAAUCCGUACAAGUCUACCACUUCGGCAAACCCUGGGUCAACCUACUGCGUCAGGACGAAUUGUUAAAUGGGCCAUCGAAUUAGGACAAUACGAGAUUCAGUAUCAACCCCGCACCUCGGUUAAAGGGCAGGCCCUGGUAGACUUCAUCCGGGAGACUACCAGAAUACCUAUCGAAAAGGAGUGGAAAAUUUACGUGGACGGGUCGUCUACAGCAACAGGAGCAGGGGCAGGAAUAAUAGUCAUUGAUCCCACGGGAACGGAGGUCGAGUUCGCCGUCAAACUACCCCGGGUUUCUAAUAACGAAGCAGAGUACGAAGCUUUCAUCCGAGGAAUGGAGAUUGCUCAGGAGCUCGGAGCGCGAGUAGUGCGAGUAUACUCCGAUUCACAAUUAGUGAUACAUCAACUAGAAGGAGAUUACGAAGUAAAAAACGAUAGAAUGAAGGGAUAUGUGAAUAAAGCUCGAGCAGUACAAGAAACCUUCGAAGCCUGCACGGUGCAUCAACUUCCGAGGAGCGACAACCAACGAGCUGACUUCCUCGCUAAGAUUGGGUCGUCAGUCGCUGAUUGUGUUGAACGAAAAAUCACCAUCCUCAUCGCCCCUACCCCGACGCAGGGAGUCAUGAUGAUCGAUGAAGAACCUGACUGGAGAACACCUUUGUUCAAGUAUUUCAGAGGAGAGCGUUUUGGCACAAAGAGGGAACAACAUCGUUUGGCAUAUAAAGCGAGGCACUUUUAUGUGCGGCACGAGAUAUUAUACAAGAGGAAUUUCACCACAGUAGAUGCGAGAUGCCUAGGAAAACAAGAGGUGAAACAUGUCCUGGACGAAGUACACCGAGGAGGUUGUGGAGAGCAUGGAGGAGCUCGGGCCCUCAUACAGAAAUUACAUCGGGCCGGAUACUAUUGGCCCGGUAUGAAGAGGGACACCCAUCAAUAUGUGCAACAUUGCAUACAAUGUCAGAAAUUUGCCCCACUAAUCCAUAAACCAGGAGAAGAAAUGACCAUCAUGAGCGCUCCAUGCCCCUUCGCCCAGUGGGGAAUUGAUCUGGUAGGACCUUUUCCUCAAACCACCGGUAGGAAAAAAUUCCUUAUCGUCGCGGUGGACUAUUUCACCAAGUGGGUCGAAGCUGAGGCUUUGUCUAAAAUAACAGAGGAUGAGGUCAUGCAUUUCAUUUGGAAAUAUAUCUGUUGCCGGUUUGGCCUACCCCGCAGCCUCGUGUCGGAUAAUGGCACUCAGUUCAAUGGCAAAAAGAUCCGCGCAUGGUGCGAAGAGAUAAAGAUCACACAGAAGUUUGUGGCAGUAGCACACCCCCAGGCCAAUGGUCAGGUCGAAUCCACAAAUCGAACCAUUGUCAAUGGCUUAAAAAAGAGGAUAGACGAACUGGGAGGCAGUUGGGUAGACGAGUUACCGUCGGUUCUUUGGUCUUACCGAACUUCGGCCAAAGCAGCCACCGGAGAAACACCAUUUCGUUUUACCUACGGCACCGAAGCAGUUAUUCCAGUAGAAGUGGCAAUGGAUACACUCCGCAUAGCCACAUUCGAUGAGGAAACCAAUGAUGAUGCAUUGAGAACCCAGCUGGACGAGAUUUUUGACUUACGAGAAGCAGCCUACUUACACAUGGAACGAAGCAAGAAUUUGAUUAAAGCCCGAUAUGACCAAGGGGUCCAAUCUCGCUCGUUCCAAAUUGGUGAUCUCGUUCUACGACGAACUGAUGCCCUAAAGCACACAGGAAAACUGGAAGCCAAUUGGGAAGGACCAUACGUGGUCACGAAGUGCUUGGCUGGUGGAGGAUACGAGCUGGCAGAUGUAGAAGGAAAACCAUUGCCACGGGCAUGGAAUGUCAUCCAUUUGAAACGCUUCUUCGCGUAA